CCUCAGCCCCAUAUCUCUAUCACCAAAGUGCUAAAUAAUCUUGCCAGGCCUGGGAGGUGACAGUCUAUGGCCCAAAGGACCCCAGAGGUGUUUGUUGAUUGACUUAGUGACCACCAGGCACUCAUGAAAUCUUCCUUUGUCCUCUCCAUUCCUCCCCUGCACAGUGCUCAGGCCUGGGACCCUGGGCUCCUCCCCCCCCCCCCCACAAGCUUGCCACCAGUGCAUCCUGGCCCUUUGAUUGCCAAGCAAUCCUUCCGCUUCUGCCCCCGUCCUAGUUCAGGCCUCAUGUCUCCCACUGGACACCUGUCUGGGCCUUUCCUUGUCCUCCUUAUUAGACGCUACUCCCCACAGCAGUCAUGAGCAGGAGAAGCUUUAGAAAAAAAAAUCUUUUGGUUGAGAUAAAUCAUAGAGAGAAAGAUGCACCAAUCAUUGGAGUAGGGUUAAUACAUUGGCACAAACUAAACACGUCUGUGUACCCGGACUCUGGACCAGGGAGGAACCCCUGAAACUCCCACUGCUCUGUCAUGGCACCCUGCCUGGGAUGGCCACCGUGUGACGUUCAUCAUUGUGAGCUUUGCCUACUCUAGAACUGCACGUAAGUGGAAUUAUACAGCGUGUCCCCUCUGUCCAGUCCAGCAUUGUUGAAUCAGCGUGUGGUCUGAGAGAUUCACCUGUGUGGUUGCAUGGAUCUGGAGUGCAUCCUUUUACCGUGCUGUGUAGUAGUCCAUCAUGGAAUCUACCAGAAAGUACUAACUGAUUCUCCCAUUGAGGGCAUUUGGUGGGUUCCAGCUUGGGGCCAUGGUGAACGAAGCUACUGAAAACACUCUUGUCGGUGUUGUCCUUUGGUAAAAUAUGGAUCCAUUUCUCUUGGGUGAAUACUGAGGAGAGAGAUCGCUGGGUCAUAGGGAAGAUGUAUAUUCAGCUUUAGCAGAUGCCAGAUAGCUUUCCAGAGUGGCUCUACCUCUCUCCCUUCCCACCAGCAAUGUAAGAGAAUGCACGGGGAUUUUUAAAACUGUAAAAUUAUGUCCUGUGCCCCCAAACUCUCCAUGGCUCUUCGUUGACCUUGGAGUAAAGCCUGCAGUCUUCACCCCCCACCACCUCUCUCCCUCUCCCCACUGCCAUGCUGUCCAGCCACACAGUCUUCUACGAUUUCUUUAAAAUGCCAAACUCAUGAUCGCUGCAGACUUUUGCCCUUGGAGUUCCCCCUGCCAGGAACACCCUUCCCCCUCGAUCUUCCCGCUACUGGCUCUUCCCUUGCUUGGCUGUCUCUUUCUCGUGCUUCAGGUCUUGGCUCCAAUCUCACCUCUUCGGAGAGGUCUUUUCUGAAAUCCCUGGCUCACCCCUUUCAUGGUCAAUACUUCUCUUGAUUUGGACUUAGUCGGGUUCUGACAUGCGAUAGUUUCAUAAAAAUGACUGGGGCAAUUCCCAUUGUUUGCGAAGGUCUGAGUUAGUUUAAAUAACAUUGCACUUGCCUCUUCCUUGAGGUUUGAUAAAAGAACCUUUAAGACCAUCUGGUCCUGUUGUCCUUUUUUUUUUUUUUUCCUGUUGUCCUUUUAAUGGUAGGUCUCGUGUCACUUUUCUAAUCUUCUAUGGUCAUUGGUCUACUUAAACUUUCUACUUCCUUUGUGGUCAGCUUAUUACAGUGGUUGGCACAUGGUUGCUACUUCAUACCGGCUAAGUAUGAGGAUGUGAAGAAAAAGGGAGGGAGGUGCUGGACCCUCGGCUUCAAAUGCCCACCCCCUGCCCAUCUGCUCAGGCCCCCAUCCAGCCUGUCCACCAAGGCCCAACUACAUGCUUCCUCCUCUGAGAUGCCUUCUUGGGUUUCUCCUGACCCUCCUUCGCUGCUCCAUUCCCAGGUCAAUGUGUCCAUUUCUCUGCUUCUCUGCUGGGCAGAUGUUACAAGCUCUCUGCUUUCUGGCGGGAUAUCUUUUGGGGGGUGGGGGUGGGGAAUGUGUGCACAGAAGAGGCCUCCCCCCUCGUGCCUGGCACAUUCAGCAUGUGCUGCCACCUCCCCCCAGCAGUUCCGAUCACGCCAACAUCUGGAGACCAGGCCACCGGGUCUGUCUGCGGCUCAGUGGGGAUUUGCAUGCCAAGUUCUCUCCACCAAGCCUGGGACAAUGGGGAGGAAAAAAAUCCAGAUCUCACGCAUUCUGGACCAAAGGAAUCGGCAGGUGACAUUUACCAAGCGGAAGUUUGGGCUGAUGAAGAAGGCCUAUGAGCUGAGCGUGCUCUGCGACUGUGAAAUCGCCCUCAUCAUCUUCAACAGCGCCAAUCGCCUCUUCCAGUAUGCCAGCACAGACAUGGACCGCGUGCUCCUGAAGUACACGGAGUACAGUGAGCCCCACGAGAGCCGCACCAACACCGAUAUCCUCGAGACACUGAAGCGGAGAGGUGUGGGCCUCGAUGGACCAGAGCUGGAGCCAGAUGAGGGGCCUGAGGGGCCAGGAGAGAAGGUGCGGAGGUUGGCAGGUGAUGGGGGUGACCCAGCCUUGCCCCGGCCCCGGCUUUAUCCAGCAGCCCCUACUAUGCCCAGCCCGGACAUGGUAUAUGGGGCCCUGCCCCCACCAGGCUGUGACCCCAGUGGGCUUGGGGAGGCCCUGCCGGCCCAGAGCCGCCCAUCCCCUUUCCGGCCAGCAGCCCCCAAAGCUGGGCCCCCAGGCCUGGCACACCCUCUCUUCUCACCAAGCCACCUUGCCAACAAGACGCCACCACCCCUGUACCUGGCAGCAGAUGGGCGGAGGCCGGACCUGCCUGGUGGCCUGGCGGGGGCCCGAGGGGGACUGAGCACCUCAAGAGGCCUCUAUGGUAGCCUACAGAGUCCAUGCUCUGCCACAGCUCCGGGACCCCCACUGGGGAGUUUCCCCUUUCUCCCCGCAGGCCCCCCAGAAUAUAGCCUGGGAGACCCCCCGCCGCCCCCUGGCCUGCUGCAGCCCCCCACCCUGGCUCCCUGGCAGCACUCGAGGGGUGAUGGGCCCCCAGCCGCUCCUCCCCAGCCCAGUGGGGGUCGAAGCCUGGGUGAAGAGGGUCCCCCCACCCGCGGCGCCUCCCCGCCGACCCCCCCAGUCAGCAUCAAGUCCGAGCGCCUCUCGCCAGCCCCCGGGGGCCCCGGCGACUUUCCCAAGACUUUCCCCUACCCCUUGCUCCUGUCCCGGCCCCUGGCAGAGCCCCUACGGCCAGGCCCCCCCCUGCGCCGGCUGCCCACUGCGGACGGCUGGGCCCGGUAGUGGACCCAGGGGUGGCACCGGUCCUUCUUCCCACGCGGGGCUGGGCUAGGGCACGUGGGGUCCCUUCCCCGCAUCCUUCCCCGCGUCCUUAGAGAAGACCCAGCAGUUACGACCCUCCGAAGUGAGGGCCUGGCGUUCAGAUCCACGGUCGAGCGGGGG